GCUACAGACGAUAUCUUCCCUUUCUUCAUUAGGUUUCAAGUGUCAACAUGAAUUCUUCUUGGACUCAACCUCAGCGCAUUAUAAAUAGUUCUUAUUGGGGAGGUGUUUACGAUUCCCAGCAUGAAAUUGCAAAAUCAUCACAAAUUUCACCUUCCUCCCAAUUCAAUAGUCUUUCUUGCAGACUUGCAACCUCAUGGCUCCAAAAGUUAAGAAGUCAUUGUAUUUGCUUUCUCGUAUCCGUGCAGAGAACAAUCAAUUGGCUAGGAAAAGACUUGCACUUAGAAAAAGAUCCCCUUCAAUGGAAGAAUUUAAGGAAAACAUCAAGAAGGCUUCUUUGAUUGAAUUAUCGUCAAGAUGUGAAAGUGUUCCUAAUCAGAACUCCCCUGAUAAAGAUGAAGUCGAUAGUCCAGACAAGAACAUGGUUACAAAAGAAGAUUUUGUAUUGCUUAAGGAGUCAGUACAUGAGAUGUCGAAGGUUGUCACCAAUCUGAAUGAGAUUAUAAUGCAGAUUGGUGGUACAAGCCGUCUACAGCAGGAUACAUCUAAGAAAAUCUCUCUGCCAAAUGAUAAUCAUAUGUUGGCAAGUAGUUGCAGGCAGUUGUUCAUUCCUCGUGCAAGGGGAAAUUCAACAGAUUGUUAUAUUAACUACAACCGGAUGAACACCCCGUUCUAUGAUGGGAGAUCAGCAGGGAUUACUAUACCCGAGUGGAUACCAAUUCUUUUCAGGCCUCCGACAAGGAUGAUUUUAAAUGAAGUGGAAGCUGGAAUUGUUGCAUAUGUUUUUGGCCGCAAUAAGGAUUUUGACACGGAAGAGAUCCUGAUUGACACAAAUUACAUGACGGGAAAAAGGGAAGCACUUAGAUCUCUUAUCCCCAACGAAAUGAUAGACGGAGAGGUAAUGUCUUUGGUUGCUUGCAUGCUUUCCUUUCAACAACAAGAAACAAGGUGUUGGUUCUUACCACCGGUCUUCGCGCAAUUCGUUCUUGGCUGGACUCGUUCUCCGGAUAGGGUCAGGGAAAUUUUAAAGGAUACUUUUUUUGGCAAAGUUAAUGGAUUGAGAAAGAUAUUUGUACCUAUUAAUGAUGGAAAGCUUCACUGGUUUCUCCUCGUCGUUGAUAUUAUAAGAAAGGAACUAACUUUGUUAGAUUCUUUAAAAAGCCCAUCGACAUUCGACGAAAGGAAGAGGAUUGUACGCCUACUGGCAAUAUUUAUGGAUCAAAUGUUGGAGCAUAAAUCUUUUUACCACCAGCACAGUGUCAUCGAGAAACCAAAAGUAUCAGAAUUUGCUAUUGUGGAGCCAAAAAGUAUAGGUCAACAAGCACAAGGCUCUAAUGAUUGUGGAAUUUGGGUGGCAACUUGGAUGAGGGAAUGUAUAUGGGAUGAAACAUAUAACAUACAGGUGAACAGAGAAUCAAGGAUGCGCCUUGCAAUAGAUUUGGUCAAUCAUCCAUACAACAAGAUGAAUGAUCAAGUUAUAGCGCUUUCAAUGCGGAAUUGGGAGAGUCUAGAUAGAGAAAACAAGAAGCUUGUGAAAAUCACAGUAUAGUGAACUUGAUAUUAGUAGUUUUAAUGCUUUCUUUUCCAUUGAACAAUCAUAGACUUUGUUAUUUUUUUCCAGGGGGUAUCAAUUACAAAUGGUGAACUAAAAUUUGGUCGUUUAU